UGCCAAAGCCACCACCCCACGGUUACCAGUUGACCCCCCUUCAUCUGGACAAGAAAAUCUGAAUUGUGAUCCCAACAAGCCUAACAUCCCCACCUCUUAUUCACCUGAGCCAAGCCGCUUUCCUAGUCAUACCUCCCCUUCUUCUUCUUCUUCUUCUUCGCUUCUCAUCUGCAUCCGAUGGCCACGGUUAUGGCCUACCCCGGAACCAUUGGAAAAAUCCAAACUUCUACCGCAAAAGAAGAACAAGAAACGGCGACAUUGAGAUGACUCCGCCUCCCCAACUUCCGAAUCCUCAUUCCCCCCAGCACCACAAACACCUUCAUCUUCAGAUUCAUCAGAAACCCGCAUCCCUUCCCGACCUCUUCCUCACCGCUCUCUCCCUCCUCUUCCUCUUCUCAUCCCCGAAACCCAAUAAUCUCUUCCUCAAAAUCCCACAUCUUUCUCUCUCUUUCUCGCAAAACCCUCGCCGCCUCUUUCUCAAAUCCCCGCUCAUGUCCCAGUCUAAUCCGAACCGCAGCAAGAACCACUUCUCCACCCCGCAAUCCCUCUCCGAAUGGCUCAAGCCCCGCCUGCCCUCUGACUCUUUCGCUUCCUGGGGGAUCAAGCCCGGCACCAAGAACGUUCACAACCUCUGGCUCGAGCUCUCCGCCGGCGAGACUUCGCUCGCCGACUCAACGCCUCCCGUCCGAACUCUCCAUGUCGUCACCGUCCGAAUCAUCAGCCUCGAUGGUCGAGUUCUCCUCGAAUCCCACCAAGAAUUGUCCGAUGGCAGCGUUCGGUACCGGCGUCGGCCCUUGUCCGAGAAAAUGAAGCCCGGGGAGACCCCUGAAUCCGCCGUUGUUCGGGCGGUCAAGGAAGAGCUCGGAUCGAUAAUCAACGGUUCUUUUGAGGAUGGCAACAUUGUAAGAAUAGUGCCGGGUUCGUACCAGAAGAAGGUGGAGGAGAGGGUUUCGGUUUCAUAUCCCGGUCUGCCGGCGCGUUAUGUUUUGCAUUCAGUGGAUGCUUGGGUGGAUGGCUUGCCUGAGGGAGAAGAGUUUUGUACUGAAGAGGAGGGAGAGUAUGAGGAUUGUGAGGAAACGAGAAUUGCAAAGGAAGCAGUUUCUGUGAGGAGGCAUUACUGGAAAUGGGUUGAUUCGGAUUUGGGUUGAUUUUAAUUUAGGUGGGUUGGUGAUGGAUUAGGAAAGCGUUUAUGUUACAAAAGGACUCCUAGGGUGGAAGCUCAUGUAAUAGGCAUUACUAUGUAUUUUGAAUAGCAAGGAUGGUUGCUAUCCUAUAUAGAAAAGGGUUUCAGCAAUUAAAUGGUGCAAUAGAAGUCUUGGUAGAGAUUGAAUUGACUUGCUAUCUUAUUGUUUCCAAUC